UCCCGCCUAUUUGCAGCUGGAAGGGAACAACCAUUGGCGUUGAUCUUACGCUCAAAAAAAUUCCCAAUUUCAAAACCCUAAUUUUUCUCUCUCUUAUCCUCUCGAUCUUUCUCCCUCUACAAUUCGCAAUUUCUAAUCCGAAUCCUUCGCUUUUAAACCCUUUUUCUCCUUCUUCUUCGCACUCUCUUUCGUUUUGCAGUUGAGGUCCGAACACAAUGAGGAAAGGUACUAAGAGGAAGACAACGCAGAAGGAAGAGGAUAAACCUGCGGAACCUAAACCUGUGGAACCAUCUCGCUCCAAGCGGACAAAGGUCCCCAAACCCGAAUCCGAACCCCAGUACUUUGAGGACAAGCGCAACUUGGAAGAUCUUUGGAAAGCAGCAUUUCCUGUUGGGACAGAGUGGGAUCAAUUGGAUACCGUUUAUCAGUUCAACUGGAAUUUCUCAAAUCUAGAAGAUGCAUUUGAAGAGGGAGGAAAGUUGUAUGGCGAGAAGGUUUACCUAUUUGGUUGUACAGAGCCUCAAUUGGUUCCUUUCAAGGGAGAAAAUAAAGUUAUAUGCAUACCUGUUGUGGUGGCUGUUGCAUCUCCUUUCCCACCUUCUGAUAAAAUUGGCAUCAACUCUGUUCAAAGAGAGGCUGAAGAGAUAGUUCCCAUGAAACAGAUGAAAAUGGACUGGGUUCCUUAUAUUCCCUUGGACCAAAGAGGUAGUCAAGUUGAUAAGUUGAAAUCUCAAAUAUUCAUCCUCAGUUGCACUCAGAGAAGAGCUGGUUUGAAGCAUUUGAAAAUAGAUCGUGUCAAGAAAUUUGAGUAUUGCUUACCCUAUUUCUACCAUCCCUUUAAGGAAGAUGAAGUUGAACAAAGCACUGAGGUUCCAAUUAUCUUCCCAAUCGACCCAAAGCCAGUUUUCUGUGAGUUUGAUUGGGAAUUAGAUGAACUCGAGGAAUUCACGGAUAGGUUGAUUGAGGAGGAAGAAUUACCGGAAAGUCAAAAGGAUGCCUUCAAGGAUUUUGUGAAGGAGAAAGUUAGAGAGGCCAAGAAAGCUAAUAGAUUGGCUAGGGAAGCACGGAAAAAAGCCAUUGAGGAAAUGAGCAAAGAAACUAAGGAAGCGUUUGAGAAGAUGAAAUUUUAUAAGUUUUACCCUGUACAAACACCUGAUACGCCCGAUAUAUCCAACGUUAAGGCUCCAUUUAUAAAUAGGUAUUAUGGAAAGGCUCAUGAAGUCCUGUGAUCUGAUACCAUAUCUGGCACGAGAUAGAAAAUCGAUACAAAGCUCCUUUCGGGUCCAGAUUUUGCCCAAUAUUUGAAGGUACUCUUUCUUCUUAUAUGCCAAACUGGUGACUCGGAUGACGUUUCGACUUGUUUCAUUGAUCUAACAGGACCUAAAACAGUAGUAGUAGCCACCAAAAUCUUUAGAUAUAGACUGACUGUUGUACUAUUUAGGAUCAUGCUUUCAUUCUCUAUUCUACAUUUCUUCUUUCCGUUAGCAAAGAGAAGGGCUUAGAACCUCACUUACUCCCAAUAGGAAUAUCUUGGUGUAAUCUUGCUAAUUAUUCCAUCACAUCAUUUUUUGUGUAACCAUAGUUUGAGUUCUUCCCCCUCCGGGAACAAAUUCUGUUGAUGUUCACUGCCAUGGGCAAAUGCCAAUACACGUUUGACAGUUUUUGGAGGA